AUGAAGAGUGAGAAGAAAGAUGAGGACAUCGAAGCUGCUGCUGCUGAUGAGCUGCACAGACAGAAGCCAAGGAGAGGGAUGGAGGACCUUUAUGAUCAAAUCCUUGAGCGGCAUGAGGAGAAAAAAACUUCUGCAAGAGAGGGAGGAGGAAGAGAAAAAGUGGGCUCGAGAAAAGCAGGAGAGAAUAAAACUGGAGGAUCUCAACGCCAAGCAGAAGAAAAAAGAGGACCAGAGGCAACUGCAGGAGGAGGUUAA